UCCUAAGUCCUAACGCAUUUGCAUAUUGGUUCAUCCCCUCCGAUCCACCAUCCAUAUCCAGGCUACAGCUACGGGCGGGUCUCGUCUUCUCAUCUGUCGCCGUUUGUUGGGCACAUGGCAAUGGCAGGCACGUCGUCGACGGUGGUGCCAGUGCCAGUGCCAGUGGUGGUGGUGGUGGUCAUGUCAUGCCGACCAUGAACUGCGCACAUCUCCAGGUCAACUCGCGCGCGGCUGCCACCGCGGACGAAUCAACAUUCUUCUUCUUGAUUUUGAUUCCCCAGCCCUGUUCGAUCUCUCGCACGUCCAUCUCCACGUUUCUUUAUUUCUUGUAAACAAAUCAACAUCGCCCUUCCAAUCCUUCUUGUUAUUUCAUGGAUAAUUAGCCUAGCCUAUAAAUACACACAUCAUAGUCAUCAUCAUCACCGUCACCAUCCAAGAAAGAAGCAAGCAGCAGCCCACUUCUCGAUCACCACGACGCCCGCCAUGGCCUCCUCCAGCCUGUCGUCGUCGUUCCGGAGGCUGGUGGUGCUCCAGCUCGCGGCAGCGGCGGCGGCGACCCUGAUCCUAACCCUGGGCGGCGUCGCGCAGGCGCAGCUGCAGUACGACUACUACAACUCGACGUGCCCAGGCGUGGAGGACCUGGUGCGCAACGCCCUGCUGGCCAAGUUCGCCGACGACAUGACGCUCCCAGCGAGCCUCCUCCGGCUGCACUUCCACGACUGCUUCGCCGCCGGGUGCGACGCCACCAUCAUGCUCAGGUCGCGCAACGGCACGGCGCAGCGCGACGCGGACCCGAACGCGACGGUGCGCGGGUACGAGGCCAUCGAGGAGGUGAAGGCCACGGUGGAGGAGCAGUGCCCGCUCACGGUGUCCUGCGCCGACAUCAUGGCCAUGGCGGCCCGCGACGCCGUGAACUACACCAAGGGACCGGCGUACCAGGUGGAGACGGGGCGGCGCGACGGCAACGUCUCCCGGAAGGAGGACGCGGUGCGGUCCCUUCCCCCCGCCGACGGCAACGUCACCGUGCUCACGCAGUACUUCGCCGCCCAGAACCUGAGCAUGAAGGACAUGACCGUGCUGUCGGCGGCGCACACCAUCGGCGUCGCGCACUGCUCGUCCUUCUCGCAGCGGCUGUACAACUACACCGGCGCCGGCGACCAGGACCCGUCGCUGGACACGGAGUACGCCAACAAUCUCACGGCGGUGUGCGGGCCGUCGAGAAUGGUCAGCGUGCAGCCGCUGGACCCGGUGUCGCUCAACACCUUCGACACGGGCUACUUCCAGUCCGUGUACAGCCACCGGGCGCUGCUCGCCUCCGACGCCGCGCUGCUCAAUGACAGCUUCACGGCGCCCUACGUCACGCUCAUGGCCACCAACGACUCCUACGCCCCGACCUUCUUCCACGACUUCAGCGUCUCCAUGGUCAAGAUGGGAAGGAUCGCCGUGCGCACCGGCAACGACGGCGAGAUCAGGGCCACAUGCGCCAUCUACGUCGACUGACGACCACCGUCGCUAGCUUGUUGCAUCCAUGGCAUGCUCAUCUCUCAGAUUUUCAUUCCAUUCUCUACUCCUACCUAGCUUCUUCUUUCUUUUUUCAUUUUAAGUUCGUCCUUGCACUCGAUCUCAUGUCGAUCAGUCCUUACAUGCAUGGCAUACAUUUUGAUGAAACAUCGAAUUGGCUCGAUGGUUCAUUGCUUGUUAUUUGUGGUAAAGCAAAACAAUUUGUAAUUAACUUAAUUAUUACAUGAUGAUGACUCUUGUUCUCAACUUUA